AUGAUAGAGGUGUCUCUGCAUGGGCAUGGGUGUUCAGGCGGAACGACUGGGGGUUUUGAAAGAGAGAGUGCAAGGAAGGGCGAGUUGGGGAAGGAGGCGGGAGCAGGUGCAGGGGUAGUCGCGGUGGGGGAAGAGGGGUCUGGGGAAGAGGGGGUGGAGGAUGAGGUGGUGGGAGGGGAGGGGGUGGAGGAGGAUGGGGAGGAGAAAGAGCAUGGAGUGGGAGUGUUGAGCUCGCUCAUUGCCUCGUAUGACCCCAUGGCUGCCGUGCUGCUGCAGAGCGAGGUAGCUGCGGGGGUAGAGGGUCACACGGACGAGCAGAAGGAGAAGGGGGAGCGGACGCAGAAGAGGGGGCAGAAGGAGAAGGGCGAGCAGAGGGAGAAGAGGGGGAGGAAGAAGGGACUGUCUAAGGAAAAUGGAGGAGAAGAAGAGGAGUGGGGCAUGAGGGGAGAGUGUAAGGCAGGCAGAGGGAUGAGAAAGGGUGGCAGCACAGGGAAGCAAGAGCAGAGCAGGAAGCACAAGGGACAAGGCACAGGGAAGGAAGAGAGUGGGAGGAAGAGCAGGCAAGGAGAGCCGAGGCGAUUGCAAGAGCAGACCAAGAUGCAGCAGCACCGGCAGCAGCAGGUGCAGCAGGACACACACGCUCCAAGUUCGCCUCCGUCUCACGCUUACCAAUCCGUCUCACCAUUCUAUGCUCUUGUUUUUGAGGCACCUCAAAAACAAUCUUCUCGCACUCCUGAAAGCCACGCGCCUCUGUCUGACGCAGGCCAUUCCGACUCACCACCCUGUGCUCCUCAAUUGCACUCUUCUGAGCCCCAGACCCCUAUCCCUGCCAUCCCCACUCGUUCCGUCUCUACAAGCUCCAUCCCCACUCUCACUCCUGAAACCCACUCGCUUCCAUCUCACGCAUGCCAUUCCAUCUCACCACCCUGUGCCUCUCUCUCGCACUCUCCUGAGUCCGAGUCCCCCAUCCCUGCCAUCCCCACUCGUUCUGUCUCUACGAGCUCCAUCCCCGCUCGCACUCCAGAAACCCACUCGCUUCCAUCUCACGUAUACCAUUCCGUCUCACCGCCCUAUGCUCCUCUCUCACACGCUUCUGAAACCAUAGCACCCUUUCCGACCUCCCCAACAGCCCCACCCACACAGCCCUACCAUCCGAGCUCCACGUCAGGCGAACCACAUUCUUACAAUCCGUUAUCAUCACACCUGCACCAGUCACACCUGCACCAGUCACACCUGUACCAGCCACAUCCAUACCAGCCCGUGUCAGCUCAUCCGUUGGCUCUAUCCCACACCCACUCAACCCUCUCCCACGCAAUCACAACCCCAUCCCAUGCGUUCACAUCCCACGCACUCAAAUCCCACACAGUCACAGCCCCCACCCCCUCCCUGCUCGCCCUGCGCUACGUAACCGCCCUGGAGGAGCGAAACCGCCUCUCAGCAGCCAAGCUCUCUCAAUCCGCCCUCUCAGUGUCCCUCCACGCCCAACACUUAGCCGCCACAGACCGUUCCAAUCACCUCAUGGCUCAGAAGGUCGAGCUUUCCAAAGGGGAGAAGGUGAGGAGGGAGCAGGAGGGGCGGGAGAGGCGAGGCCGGGAGGAGCUAGCAGGGUUUGCCAGGGCGUGUGCGGAUGAGUUGGUCGCAGGGUUGCUGGUGAUGCUGGUGGUGAUAGGAGCGACUGGGUGGAGGUUUGCAGGGGAGAGGUUAGCUGCUGGUGUGGCGGCUUGUCAGAAUCGGCACGAUCCUGCGUUGGACGCUUCGUCUUUUCUCGGGGUUUCGUUCUCCCGCCCGGACCGGUCGCUGGUGACGUGGCUGCGUCUGAUUGGGUGCAAGCUGACCGUUGCCGGGCAGAUGUUGUUAGCGUUCCUGGUCGCGUCGGCUACUACUUAUAUCAUGUUGCUCAAUAACGUGGCUGCUGCUACAGGGGCGGGUAGCGCCCACUCCCGCCCGGCUACCACCAUUGUGCUCUGCCUGGGGUGCGUGUGUGGUUACUUUGGGUUCUAUGCGGUGCGGCUGGCAGGGGGGGAUGCGGUGGUGUGGCUGGUGUGUUGGGAGGGGCUGUGUUUGCUGCAUGCCAUGGUGGCCUGGCGGAAAGAGCAGCUGUUUCGAGUGCUGUAUGGGCGCAGGGCGGGGGAGGAGGUGGAGGAGGUGGGGAAGUUGGGGAUGGGGGCGGAGGAAGACGGGAAGAGAAGCGGGGGGAAGGCUUAUAACAGAGGGAAUAGUGGGACGGGCAGCACAAGGGGCGUGAGUUGGAAGGGGCACGGCAUUGGGAAGUUGGUGGGGGGCGUGUGGAGGCGGAUGGCUGAGAUCGUGACAGCUGUCAUGGAUGAUGACGUGGAUGGGCUGGUGAUGGGGCGCUGGUGGGCGGCAAACAGGCGAGGGUCGGACGGCGGGUCGGCAUCACGGCGCUCAUCGUCUUCUUCCGUGUGCAAUCCAGCAGAGAGCGAGCCAUCCUUGUCACGCCUCCUCUUCCACCUCACUCUGCUCCUCCUCCUCCCUGUGGCUGCUGGGACACUGCCCUUUGUCACCUGGGCAGACGUUAUGCGCUUUAUUGGAGCGCUCUUUAGUGAGGUUUGGAUGAUGGCAGCAGGUUGGGUAUGGCAGUGGGAGGCCAGGGAGCAGGAGCGAGGUUGGGAUGGGUUGAAUGGGCAAGGGUAUGGACACAGCAGCCUUCUUGGUGCUUCUGCUCCUAAGGCUGGUGUGGGUGCAGAGUCGUUUAGCACAGCAGGUGCAUCGGCAGGGGCUGGUGGUGGUGGUGGUAUGGCACGAUACUGGGAAGAUGAUUUGUAG